AGUCGACUUUAGAAAAGGAGAAGAGACGGAUAUCAUUCAUAUGACCUCAUAUAUUUGGAGAUUAACUGGUAUAUUAAUUUUAUAUUUACUUAAGAAUAAACACAUGAAUGGAAAAAUCAUUUAUUAAACUUUAACAAUGGUUUCAUAUUCAUGCGUAGACUUUAUAAAGGAAGGCAAGGCUGUUAGAACGCUUAGACGCUUUAGAUGCACUGUGAGACGGGCUAUAAACGCCGUCUGUGAUUAGGAGAAAAACAGCGAUUGGGACUGACUCUGCUUCGAUUGAAAGCCGCUCGUUAGCGUGCCAGUUUAAAGACUCAAGGGAAAAGUGCAAAAAAAAAAAUAGAAACAGAAAAGGUAUAAAAAGUAGUCGACAUGCGAAAUUAAGCGGUUUGGCGACGACUGAAACGUUCCAGGAGUUUCGAUGUAAUUAAGCGCAAUAAAUAACUCUCGCGCUGACUGAUUUUAUGCCAUUGUGUUAGUAUAAUUUACAAUUGUCACUGGUUAAAUUCUUGCAGUAGUAAAGAAAAGAUCGGAACGAAAAAAGGGUUAAAACUCCGCCGCCGGAUAUUGCCAACGAAAAUAUAAAUUCGCUUUGACAGAAGCGCACAUAUAGUCUGCAGUGGUUGUUAAGAAUAAAAAUGGCAGGAAAGUACCGCUUUUGGUUGACGAAUGAUAGGAAUGAAACAUUGAAUGGAUUUUUAUCAUUUGAUCAAUCAUCCGGUGUAGAAUUGAACUUUAGUACUUCUACGGAGAGGAACGAAGAAAAGCAGGAUAGUUCCGGAGCCAUGUAUUACGUCGUCGCCGUUUUAUUUACCUAUACUCUAUCUAUCACUCUUCUAAUAGCAAGUCAUAUUAAGAAACGUACGGAUUACACGACAUACUUGGACGAGAAAGCUAUUGAUAAGUACAUGAGAGAGCUUCCUAACCUAAGAGAAAAAACAGCAAGAGAGCAAUAUAGAAAUCUUAAGCAGAGUAUCAUUCCGAUGGUUGCUGUAGCUCUUGGGAAAGGUCACGACAAGCGCCGGCAUUCAAAUAUGAAUCGCCGUAUGUCUCUUGCUAACCUCUUUCAUUGGCAUCAUAAGCCUAAUACAUCGCCUAGAAAGGAGCGUGAAAAUUCUUGCAGUGACGAUGGUUCAGAGGAUGGAACAAGCCCCAACGAAAUUGUCAAUGAUAGAAAAAUAUCAGAAUCAACUACAAAAACAACAAUUUUCGAACCAAUUAUAGAAGAAGAAGAAGCAUCAGAAACUACAUCAGAGUCACUCAGAGUUCCUAUAGCUAUUGGUUCAAAGAGACGGCGAAAAGAACCAGGAGAGACGGAAAAUAAUACUGCAGACGACACAGAAGAAACAUCGAAAAAUAACUUAUGGAGGCCAGUAGACGAUCGUGAGCGGCGUCCCUCUAAUGAAAAUAAUAAUGUAGAAAGCGGGGAGGAGCUCUGUCAAAUUACUGUUUUGUGA